AUGGGGGCGACAGACAUAGAGAGCACCGCUCUGCAGGAGCGAUGUUCAACUCUGCAGAAGGAAAACUAUGAGUUGAGACAGCGGGUCUUUUCUCUUGAGAAGAAACUUGCAGACACGUCAAACAGCCUUAAAGAUGAGUGUGCACGCGAGAGGGCCCGGUACAGAGCUCUAGAGGCGAAGAUGGAUGAAUUUCAGCUUACAACAGAAAGGCAUGCUACAAAGCGUGUUGAGGACCUUAUGCUUGAAUGUAGGGAUUUAAAGGCCAACUUAUCACGAGAGCGGGACCGCACAAAAGCAAUGGAGCAGGAGCUCGAUGCCCUGUCCAGCUAUGCCAGCGAACGGAUCAACCUUUCUCGCCGCCUGGAAAUAGCAGAGUCUCGAGUGUCAGACCUAGAAACUCUCCUCGAUGUAGAUCGAAAGCAGUUCCUUGCAGAGGCGGCAGAGCAGCGGGCAAUGCUCGAAAGCAGGCACCGUGCAGAGGUCCAGGCUGCCGUUGAGGAAGCAAUCCGGGCCACCAAUGAGAACAUUUCCACCGAAACGCGCCUCCUCAGAGACCAGAACCAAAUCUUGCAGAAGUCAGUUCUUAUUUUGAAGGGUUCGGGCGGCAAUACAGGUACGAGGCGGGUUCCCACAAUCAGCAGGAUGGAGUCAGAGCUUCCUGGUACCAGCGUGAGCCGCUCACGAACGACCUCUCAGCUCUCCAUGGCCAAGGCAUCUGUCUCCGGGCAUAUAAACUGCGACGAAAUAGAAAAGUUUGAAAUGGACAUCAGCAGAGGUUUAGAAAUGAGGAUAGGAGAACUCAAAAUGACUGUCAAGCAUCUUCAAGCAAAACUCGAAGAGCAGGCGUCCGAUUUUAAGCGGGAGAAAAACGAGGCUAGUGAGUUUAUCGCCAAUCUCAUCUCGAAGUUCAACAAGGAACGUGCAGAUCUCCUCUUCGAAAUAAAGUCUCUCGAAAAGCUCGUCUAUGCUAAGUGCAAAGAACUCUACAAGCUGCGGACUUUGGCGCAAAUGCUUCUUCAGCGCAGGACUGAUCUGGAAGCGUUUUUAUCUAAGCUCUUGGCUGCAACCCUCGACCUGGAGACGAGGGCUAUCAGCCCCUACACGAUGGCUGAGUACUUUGACGUUGAAAUGGGCCGCCGGCGGUCCUGGUCGCCGUCUCCACCACCAGAUUACCGAUACACUAGCGGUGCCAUCCCCCGAAGCAUUUCCUCGGGUUCCGCUCCUGCAGCAGGAGCGGGGACUUGUCGGGAACUUGCCGCCAUCAUGACCCGGACUAACCUGAAUUCAAACGAGGCUCUCUCCUCCAUCACACCGAAGAUGCCGCGCACCAUGGCAGAAAUGGAGCGCUCUCUAAAUACUGCUAUCCGAGUGCGCUCUGAUCCACUGAUAAAUUCAUUGAGUUCACAAGAGGUUGCUAAUAUUGUACGCGACUGGAUUACGAAAAUAGACAUCCCCCUCUAG